AGCAGCCAUUUGGUGCUUUGGCGAUAGAUGGGGCCUUAGGUGAACCACCGAGCAGCGUAGCGAGAGCAAGAUGGAGCAGGAAGUCCUGGAGAAGAUCCUGGAUGAUGCAUGGAGUAGUUUCAAACUGCACCUGCUCCAGUCCAUCGCUGUCUCCCACUCGAUGCAGACUCCGCCCAUGAAGGGGCCUACUGGUCGGACGUACUCAAUCUCCGAGUGUGGAACUGGCGAAUGUAUGAGCCGUGAAUGGAGCCGUGGAGUUUCACCCGAUAUGUACAUGAUCGAGGGCAACGAUUCCAUACAUCCGUUGGAUGGGACAGACAGCAAAGAUGCACCGGAGAUGCUAAGACGCAUCACAUCCUUCUCACAGGGCACAGGGAGUGCCCAGUUGGAGAAGGUUGCAUACUUGAGAACCAGAAUUGGAGAAGGAGGCAAAGAACAUUCACGGGCAAUUCGGCGCAGGUUGCGCUUGAGGUUGGGCACUAUCUCCACCACAAAGUGUGUCUCUGGGACGUCAUUGCAUCAAGCUGUGCUAGCUCUGGGAUUGACACGCUAUAAGUUGGAGGAAGUAAACACGAUUGUCAAUGACUUGGCAUCCUUUAUCCAUUUAGCCUUUGAGAAGGAAGAUUGUGAGCCAACUUGGCACUGGCCCAAGCUGAAGGACCAGCAUUUGUCUUUGUCCUCUGCCAGUUGGGAGAACUUGCGUAGCAGCAACCACAGUGUUGUACCAGUCAAAGCGCUGAUGGAAAUAUUGCUCGCUCAAGAUGGUGAGGUGCACAAGAGGAUUUUUGGUCCGUCAUUGCCCGCAUUUCAAGCCAUCCGUGAAGUCUUGCUUGCAGGUGAUACAAAUCGCCUCGUUGCGGAAUUGACCUUCGUCAGGCUGAACGAUUUGGCAGCUCCUCCAGAACCAGUGCCACCGAUGCUGUUCAUCGAGAUGAUUGUGGCCUGCGUGGUGAUCUCCAACGCCAUCAUGAUGGGUUUGCAAAUGGACCCAGAAUAUCAUCACUGGGAGGGCUGGUUUUGGAUGGAGUUGUGCUUUACUUCAUUGCUGCUGCUGGAAGUUUGCAUCCGUCUGCGGAUUUUGGGUUGCCAAAAUUUCUUCUGCGGCUUACAGGCUGCUUGGAGCUUCUUCGACCUAUUCUUACUCGGCUGCGCCCUGGUGGAUGUGACUAAAGAAGUUCUGACUCAAGAACACCAAGAUUUGUCUGGCUCAUCUCUGUUGCGUCUUUGUCGGCUCGUGCGCUUGGUGCGGAUCGUGAAGGCCUUUCGGUUGAAGUUUAUGGGUGAGCUUCGGCUCAUGGUAAAGGGCUUGAUUGCUGGCAUUCGAACAUUGACCCUAGCCUUCAUUUUGCUGUUCACCGUACUUUAUGUGAUCGGGGGCUUUGCAACCCUUUGCAUAGGCGACGACCCAAAGACGCAUGAGCUGGGCUUGAAAACCUAUUUCCGAACGUUGCCGGAUUCGAUGUACACUGCAUUCCGUUGCUUCACUGGAGAAUGUGUCAAUGAGUUUGGACAACCUCUCCACUACUUGCUGGCUGCCCAGUUUGGGCUACCCUUCAUCUUUGGCUAUGUUAUGAGCUACAUGCUGGUGACCAUGGGCAUUUGUAAUGUUAUCUUGGCCGUCUACGUGGACAUUACCAUGAAGGCGGCGAAAGAGAACGAAGCGCUCACUGCAGAGCAGCACUCUAGGGAGUCGAUUCGCAUUGCUCGGGUCACCCGAGAGCUGCUGAAAAAGUUUGCGGCAGCAUACGGUGCUUUCCAGGAGGACAUGAUGGAUGAGUCAACACCUCCUCUCUAUCAACGUCUUGACACCAGCAUGUUUACUGACGAUCAAAUACAGGAGAACAUUGCCAUCACGAAGGAGCUGUUCCUGCUAGUGAUCCAAGAUCGCAGAGUACAGGCUUUGAUGGAUGAUUUGGAACUGCCACGUGACCGUGCAAAUCUGUUUGAGAUUAUUGAUGCAGACGGUAGCGGCACACUUCAAGUCGUGGAGCUGGUGCAGGGUUUGUUGAAGAUCCGUGGCGAGGUGAGCAAGAGUGAUACCGUGGCUUCAUAUUUGGCAACCAAAUCCUUGCAAGACACCGUCAACGACAUGAAGGUGGACUUCAGCCGACAACUUGCUGAGCUCCGAACAGAGCUGCAGGAACGCAAUCGGUAUUUGGAAGGACAGGGAACUCCGACUCACCGGGAUCGGGCCUCGAGCAAGAUAUCCAAUGAGUCCCCACGAAAUCAAACGAGUUCCCGUGGCAUGUGCUCUGUAGCAUCGAAAUGUUCGUCCAGGCUCUCACGCUCGGAGCCACCAAAGAAGCGCCUACAGCUUGAGCGGAAAAGCAGCGAUUUGAUGGAUAAAAGCUUGAACAGCUCGACGGGUCUCGAGCCGUUCCUUGCGGAGGAAGCGCCUCUCGACCACAUCUCCGUCAUCUCGGACCAUCUCGACGAGACCCCGCCCAACUCCAACGGGUCCGACGGGUCCGGAUUGCGGAAUCAGUUGAAGCUGCCGAUUAAACCUGAAAUUUCUGAAGAGAUUGAUGCCGGGCCUCCACAACCAUUUUGCUUGUCGUGAUGGCCAGUUUGUAAAUACUUCAUAAUCGUAGCAGGAAUCUAGGUACAACUUCCCGAAGAGCAAAAGAUCCUCUGACAGAGAUCUGCUGUUCCGUGGAAGCAGUUCAAAAGACAUGGAAAUAAUGCCUUCCCUUGCCUUGCCUUUCCUAGUCAUUUUUGAGUCCACA